CCUCGAUAGCAGUGGGUUUGGUUUGGUUUUGUUAGAUAUUCUGGAAUUUCACAGUAACCAUGUAUGUGAAGACAAAUUUUAAGUUCUGUCUCAUUUUUAAAGGUUAUUGCAAUAAUUAAAGCUACUGAACAAUUAUAAGUAGAAAAAAAUCUCUGAAAAUUAUUUCUUAGAUCAAAAGACUCAUUACAUCAGGUAUGGUGAACCCCAGUAUUUCUGAUAUCACAGUUCGUAUCCAUUUCCUAUUAUCUUAGGGUUUGAGAAGAGAGAGAUGUGGCAGGGGAAUCAUACCUCUCUGGAAGACUUCAUCCUUGAAGGGCUCUUUGAUGACUCCCUCACCCACCUUUUUCUUUUCUCCUUGACCAUGGUGGUUUUCCUCAUUGCAGUGAGUGCCAACACCCUCACCAUUCUCCUCAUCUGUGCUGAUCCUCGGCUUCAUACACCAAUGUACUUCCUACUCAGCCAGCUGUCCCUCAUGGAUCUGAUGCAUGUCUUCAUUACCAUCCCCAAGAUGGCUACCAACUACUUAUCUGGCAAGAAGUCCAUCUCCUUUGUGGGCUGUGCAAUCCAGCACUUUCUCUAUUUAUCUGUGGGUGGUGCUGAGUGUCUUCUCCUGGCUCUCAUGUCCUAUGACCGCUAUGUUGCCAUCUGUCAUCCACUGCGUUAUACUGUUCUCAUGAACAGAAAGUUGGGAGUGAUGAUGGCUGUCAUGUCAUGGUUGGAAGCAUCCAUGAACUCCCUAAUUCACACAGUGAUUUUGAUGCACUCGCCUUUCUGUGGGCCUCGAAAAAUCCACCACUUCUAUUGUGAGCUUCCAGCUGUUGUGAAGUUGGUAUGUGGAGACAUCACUGUUUAUGAGACCACAGCAUACAUCAGCACCAUCCUACUCCUUCUCUUCCCUAUCAUCCUGGUUUCUACAUCCUAUGCCUUCAUCCUACACAGUAUUAUGCAGAUGUGUUCUGCUGGGAGCAAGAAAAAUGCCUUUGCUACUUGUAGCUCUCACUUCACUGUGGUUUCCCUCUGGUUCGGUGCCUGUAUCUUCUCAUAUAUGAGGACCAGGGCCCAUCGCACUCCACUGCAAGACAAAGCUGGGUCUGUGUUCUAUAGCAUCAUUACUCCCACACUGAAUCCUCUGAUUUAUACCCUCCGGAAUAGGGAUGUAGCUAAGGCACUUAGGAAAGUGCUGGGGAUAGAUAUUGUCACCCAAUGA